UGCCUCAUCCACGUCCUGCCACUAAGAUCUAGUCUACCCAACCGGCUGGAAGUCGUUGGAACAUUGGACACGUUCAGUCAUAGAAACACAGAAAUAUGUUGCUCGUCCUGGUCAUGCUGUUCGGCGCGUCCCUCGCCGCACUUCCUCAGUACAUUGUCCCAUGCAAAGACGGCCCGAAGCUCGUCGAGUGCACGAUCAAGAACGGCAACUCUGCAAUUCCAAAGCUGCACCCAGGUGAUCCAAAAUUCAAGAUCCCGACUCUCGAGCCCCUCAGCAUUACGAAGCUCGACGUGAGGGAUUCCUCGUCGAGAAACGUCGCCUUGAACCUCACAUUCACCAACCUAAAGAUCUACGGUUUAAAAGACGCCAAACUAGUCGGAGCUAUUAUGAACACGAAGGCUAAGCACGUCGAAUGGACCCUGGACAUACCCACCAUCACGGUUAAAUCGAUGUAUAAGGCGCAGGGGAAAUUCCUUGUCCUGCCAAUCAGAGGCGAAGGACCUUGCGAAAUCGUACUGGACAAGCCGAGGAUUGUAUUCAAAAUCGACUACAAAACUUUCACAUCCAAGGGUAUGGUAUUUGCCCAGCUUACCAAGACUGAGCUCAAGUACACGGCGGAGAGGGUGCACUUCAGACUUGAUAAACUUUUCAACGGGGAUAAAACCCUAGGUGACAACGUAAACCUCGCCCUCAACGAGAACUGGAAGGAGUUCAACAGGCAAAUGGGCCCUCCGAUCGCAGAAGGCAUCAAUCUCGUCCUGCGCCAAGUCAUAGCUAACAUAAUCAAAGGUGUCCCGUAUAAAGACAUUAUCAAGCCUUGAGACAAUCCAGACUGGUAGAAUUAAUUAGACGCUCCAAAAAUCAAUUCUUCCCCUUUCAUAAAUUAUUUAUUUAAUUCUCUCUAUUUAUAUUGUGUGCAAAAUUUUUAGAAAUAAUGAUAAACAUAGUUUAAAAAAAAUUAAAGUAAAAUU